UGGGGGAAGAAGAGGGAACACUUGUAGUGUAAAAAGCAGCUUCAGUAGUAACAGCUCAGUGCAGAGUACUGACAGGCAGGCUCUCAUCAGUGGGGAACAGCCGCCUAUUGUGUUCCCCACGCUGCAGUGGGGGGCGGCAUUCACCAUCACGCCCAAGGGGAGAAGCCGAGAAGUAUCCUCCAAUCAGCCAAGGAUUAUUUUUCUCUUCUUGUGAGGCUGCUGCUGUUGCAGAUCUGUCUCAGACAUACUGGGAUGCUGGCCAUGGUUUGUACUUCUUUGCUCAAACACUAUUCUGUGGAUUUGUCACAUGGACUGAGUGGCAGAAGAGAGGAGGAUAAAAAUGGACUUGAAUUUUCCUUCUGCAAACUAAAGGGAGAUUAACUUUAACAGAUGCACAAUUGUUUCCCGAGGACGCGCGCUUGUCCUUAAAGUCAGAAUUCUAUGUUAUUUUAUUCCUCAUUCCGUGUGUGCUCUUCUUAAAGCAAACAAGCGCAGGUGUUGGACUGCACUGAUUCUAUCAUGGGAGUUAAGCUGUAAAAGCAGAGGUAGUUCUGACACUGUUGCAUGUUCUGUCUUCACUUGGACUCAGGUUGUCAAGCUCCUCUUGGAGGUUCCUUGAGCGCUGACACUUUUCCUGUGCUCUUGCAUGUGUAGUUUCCGAGUGCGCUCAUAUGUCAGGCUUCGGGAUUACAGCGCCUCUGGAGCGGAUACAGGUGUAGUGAAGCCUUGAUCAAGGAUUAGCUGCUGUAAUAGCUUGUCACCGGAAGCCUGCGGAGCCACGGACACUUCACGCAUGGCUCAAGCUGCGACUGCAUUGACACUUGCUGCAAGAGGAUUACAGAUAAAAGGUUAAACCAACAUGAUUAGACUCAGAGGUCAGAAACAAGGUUUGAAAGACAGCAGGGAAGGUUAUAUUGCGAUCGUGCUUCCUUUUAAUUCAGAUCCUCCUUGUGGAACGCAAGCUGAGGGUAAUAUCAGUAAUAUCAGUGAGGACAGUUAAAGAUGAUCGAGCAGAGAGCAAAAAAUGAAACUUGUGAAAAUCUUGGCCUCUGUAAUAGUCAAGCACAAAAUCCAAUCAGAUUAGAUAUUGAUUUCGCUGGUGAGACGGGAUACUUUAUUGUCUCAUUUGUCAUCUCAAGAGGUCACUAUCUUCAUUUUAAACUGUCAUUCAGUCUCACCCUGCAGCAGGCAGCUAAGCUCAUACAAUCAGUAGCUUGAUAGUUUUCAUGGUGUCUGGCAGCAGAUAUAAAUAUGAUGACUUUCUGCCGAAGUUUACAACGGUCUAUGUUCAAUCAGAGGUUGGUUUCCUCAGCCAGUGGUUAGUGUUUGCAAGAGAUGAAGACAUGUGAAGCUUGUAUAUGACAGCAUAAUAUUUCAAUAUUUCAUUGAAAGGCCACAGAAAGGGGGAAACAAAGCACAUUUAUCUAACCAUCCACUUCCAGAAGCUUCAAGGAGUGCCUGAACGGUAGCAAAACUGUUGGAAAACGGAACUGUUUGACAGAACGUAAGGUGACUUCACAGAAACCCCAAAGCAGAGCACAGCAAGCGGACUGUCAAAUCACUUUUGUCAAGACACUGGAUUGAAAGGGAUGCGUCUGAAAGAAGCACAAACUUUUUCAAACGGACGAUUAUAUCCACAAUGGAAGAAUAUGAGUGACAUGUUUUGCCAAGACAACAAAUGCUCUAUAAAGCAUCUGACUUCUGAACAAAGCACAAGACAAGUGGAUCCCAGCACACUGUGAUUUUGGCAGGGAUGAGUUGUAUGUGAAGCUGAGGAAGAGGAGUGUUAUAACACAGCAAAAGAGGGUGGGGCAUCCCACUGACACAGACAAAGACCUAAACAGAAACUGUUCUGGCGUAAGAAACAGUCGUCGGAUCGCUGCUUUGGACCUGCGCGGUCCUGCAGUGUGUCAAACGUAACGAUGGGGUGCAACAUGUGCGUGGUCCAAAAGCCAGAAGAACAAUACAGGGUCAUGUUCCAGAAGGGUCACGUAAGCGUGCCAUGCUCUUUCCAUGCUGAUGGUCUCUUGAAGGUGAACAGAAAGGAGCUCUCCCGCCUGUCUGGGGAUCCCACACUGGACAUAAGGGACCCUCUGCUGUCCAGCAUACUGAGGCGUGGAGCACGCAGACGUGCAGGACCCACGGUGCCCCCUGCUGGGAUGGUACCGGUCACCAUGGGGAUGGCCGACUGUGUGGACAGCUGCACCCAAACAGACAUCAGCUUCCAACAUAUGUUGACUUUGGGCAAGAGCCGACAGCAUCCCUGUGGAGCUCCACCUCCACCUAACCCUCCACCAUCGCCCCCUUUACCCCCACUCCUGGAGCCAUAUCUACUCAAUGAACUUUUUCUAGAACCUGUGUACUACGAUCCUGCUGACUACUUUGAUAUCACUCAGCAUGACGUCGACAGGCAGGACGAGCUGGAAUAUGAGGAGGUUGAGCUGUACAAGUCUCGUCAGCAUGAUAAACUCGGACUGACGGUGUGCUACAGAACCGACGAUGAGGAGGAUCUCGGGAUAUAUGUCGGCGAGGUGAACCCAAACAGUAUUGCUGCUAUGGAUGGCCGCAUCCGCAAGGGGGACAGAAUACUGCAGAUCAAUGGAGUGGACAUCCAGGACAGAGAAGAGGCGGUCGCUAUCCUUACCAGAGAGGACAGCACUAAUGUCUCCCUGCUCCUCGCACGACCCGAGAUAGAGAAUGACAACCAGCCGGACCCAGAUGAAGCAGAACUGGAACCACUGGACAAUGCAGUCCAUCUGCAUGGCAGUCACAGAACCAAAAACAGCACCUCUGUCCCGACUUCCCCCCUUGGUGGCGUUGCUUGUGGUGGCCAUGGCUGCUUAAUGAGCAGAGAUUCGCCUGAUUUGCUGCAGACGGUGCUGAGCAUCAGCCAGGAGCUGGACAGUGGAGUGGGCCGCACAGACGAAAGCACGCGCUACGAGGAGUCUUCAGAACACGACCUUCUGGGAGACGACCACACCAGUGCAUCCAAUACCAACGCUACCAACACACCUGGAAGCCUGCGCAAGUUUUCAUCCAACCGAGGCGACACAGUGUCGUUGGUGUACUCCCAGGACCUCCAAUUCAGCACAGACUCUCUCUUAGGUCUGGACUGUGUCAGUGGUGGAGGGCUGGAUCAGUUGGAGCCAAGCGACAGAAUGAUGAUGCCUGGGCUGACUGAAGAAGACUGCGAGCGUUACAAAGAACUUCUGGAGAUCAAGUGUUACUAUGAGAAGAGCUGCAGCGUGUCACUGGACGAGAACAGGAACGAGAGCCUGACCCAGCAGGAGAUGGCGCUCCUGGAGGAGGAGCUGCGCCACUUGGAGUUCAAGUGUCGAAACAUCCUGAGGGCUCAGAAGAUGCAGCAACUGAGGGAGCGCUGCCUCAAGGCUUGGCCGCUGGAGGACAAGAGCGCACGCUUGGAAGAGUCCCGUCACCACGCGCUGUCUGACAUCAAUGAGCUUCCAGAGAGGGAGCGCUCUGAUAAGGACAGCACAAGUGCCUACAACACUGGAGGGGAAAGCUGCAGGAGCACCCCACUUGUCAACGAGCAGCACCAUUCACCUUCCACACCCAGCCUGGAAGGAGGAGAACCUCUGCUCCUGUCAAGCUCCUCAAGACAGAGAGAGAGGGCGAACCGAAGUGACCGAGGGGAUGGGGUCCAUGCAAACCUCAACCAAGCCUCCCACUCUCACAGGAGAGGAUCCAACCCUGGAGCUAAACUUAGCUCCUUGUCCCGAGAUGGAGGAGCUCGCAGGGGCUCGGACGGAGGGGCGAGACGUAAUUCUAAAGCUAAUGAGACAAGCGUGAGGCCUGGAGGACGCAGUGCGGAGAACAGUCCUUACAUGUCCCGCCGUCAGAACGAAACAAAGCUUCCUCAGCGCUACCUGAGCUGCAUGCAGCUGAGGUCCCCCUCGACCUGCGAGAAGCUCGGCGGACUCAGAGAUGGACCCAGAGAGGGCACAGACGACCCCCAAGGAGGAGACGUCAGCCCUAUGAGUUUGGGUAGCACUUGUAAAGAUGUUGCCCCCAUACCCUUGUCCCCUCGCAUGGAGUGGAAGGUGAAGAUCCGCAGUGAUGGCUCACGCUACGUGGCAAAAAGACCUGUGAGGGACCGCCUCCUGAAGGCACGGGCCAUGAAGAUUCGAGAAGAGCGGAGCGGCAUGACUACGGAUGACGAUGCAGUGAGCGAAAUGAAAAUGGGCCGCUAUUGGAGCAAAGAGGAGCGCAAGCAGCAGCUACAGAAGGCCAGGGAACAACGCCGGCGCCGGGAGAUGAUGAUGCAGAGCCGCCUCGACUUCCUCAGGGAGCGGGAACAGGGUGGCAUGGUGGGGCAGCAGGGGGUGGUGACGCAGCAACAGGAAGCCACCUCUAUCCUGGAGCUGUGCCAACGCAGGAGCACGAAGAAGCGCAGUCGCAGGAUUCUGGACAACUGGAUCACAAUUCAGGAACUGCUGACCCACGGGAGCAGGUCUGCUGAUGGGACCAAAGUUUACAACCCACUGCUGUCUGUCACCACAGUCUGAGAUGAAGAGACAAACCAUUAGGGAGAAAGGGUUACACAAGGAUCUAUCCUAUGAGGAUACUCUUGAACAAAAUCAAGUGUUUGUGUAGGUGAUUGGAACCAGAUGAAAAAAAGAUGAGCAAGUGACAAAAUAUAGUCAGCGACUUAUUGAAAACUGUAUUUAAAAACAAACAUGUUGUUCAUCAGCCCAACAAAAGCCUUAAAAAGUCAAAGUCUGUGCUAAAAUGUGACGAAUUUCAUGUCAUUACCUCCUGAUGACAAAAAGGAGGGUUUCUUUGAAAAUGGAAAGAUUGUUAAAACUGCACAAACACUUGUUGCUAAGGUUGGACGCAGAGUGACUUUAAAUUUCUGAAAAGAUCGUUAAGGUUAUGACAAAAAUGUCAAGUGGUAAAUUUACCUGCAAUCCAGACUUUUUUAAAAAAUCUGUAUUUGCUGGGAUGUGUAGCAGCCUGGACAACGCCACAUUUUAAGUCUCAAAUUUAACAAGCAACUACAAAGCACAAAUAUUUGUAUUUAGAUUUUUGUGCAAACAAAAGGUCAAAAUAAGAUGGGUAUUUAAAAAAAAUAAAAAAAAGUUUGGGUGUGGCAAGGCAGAAAAAUACAUAGCCACUUGUUUCUUAAACGAAAACAGCGUCAUCUGGUGGUUGGCUAGUGGCGGAAGCCUGGAAACGGAGAUGAUCAUCACGUUGUAUUAGAAAUGAGUUGAAAAGAAAAUAUCAAGUGCGCUGAAUUUUUACAAGAAUUCUGUUCUGUCCAAGUGUGCCAACAAAAAGAUCAUCCUGAAUUUCCCGUUUUACACAGCAGAUCUCAUGGUGCUUUUGGAGGAUCUUUUUUUAAGCCAACAUGUAGAUGAAUGUGACACAUAACGGUAGUUUCAAAACUAAAUAAAGCACAACUGCUAACAGCAAAACACCGAUAGUGGUUUUAAAAAGCACAUUUUCUGAUAUUUUCCUUCGUUCGGCUAUUCAAAACAUCCUGUUCACUGACUAAAUGGUUAAAACUAAAGUGAUCCAUCAGUCACACAUUCAGCUGUCGCAUUCCCUUUUCUUUUCAACAAAAAAUUGGGUUUAUAAUUUAACUAAGUUAACGUGUAGAUGAAUGUGACAGACAACGGUAGUUUCGAAACUAAAUGAAGCACAACUGCUAAUAGCAAAACACUGAUAGUGGUUUUAAAAAGCACAUUUCCCUAUAUUUUCCUUCCUUCGUUUGGCUAUUCAAAACAUCCUGUUCGCUGACUAAACGGUUAAAAGAACUCAAGUGAUCAGUCAGACAUUCAGCUGUAGCGUUUCUCUUUAAACAAAUUUGGUUUAUAAUUUCAAUUAAGAGCUGCACGCAAAAAACAAAAACUAGAUGACCUCGUGCCCUUCCAUGUGAACAAAGGUUUUUUACAUGCAUGCUUGAUAUCGAGGCUGACUUUUACAUGUACUUUCAGACCAACUGCAUUGACAUACUGUGUGUGACUAUACUAGCAUAGAUGACAGUAACGUGAUUGUUUGCUCAAUGUUGUGUCGUCCAGUGAGUUCCAUUUUGCAGCAAAUGCUUUUCUUAAA